AUGGCGAAGAAAGCAAAGUCCCGCACCAUCAUGGUGCGCCUCAUCUCGAUGGCGAUGACGGGGUACUACCGCACAUUGUCGAGACCGCGCGCGCAUCAACCGCUGAGCAUGCUGAAAUACGAUCCCAUUGGUACGAUCCCCGCGAUAGUUGUUGGAGCCACACGUACCCGCUCGCUACUCAGUCAACCUGGUGAAUUCGGGAAAGAACAACCAUGGAGUUGGAAAGAGGCAGUGCAAGGCAUGUGA